UUUUAUUUUUUUUUUAUUUUUUUAUUUUUAUCAACAUGCCUUUAGAUGCUUAUGAAGGAAUGAAAGUCUUUUAUAGACUUAUUACCUAUGUCUUUUUUCGAGAAAUCAAAGUGAGGUAUAACAUCUCCCUCUUUAUUCUUUUUCUUUCAUUGAUUGCAUAAACCAUAGUGGCGUUCAUCAUGUUCCCUUGGAUGAUCCUUGUAUUUUUAUUGUUGCACCUCAUGCUAACCAGUUUGUGGAUCCUGGUAUGGUCAUGAUCUCGAGCCCACGUCGUUUCUGUCCUCUCAUGGCUGAGUCUUCCUUCAAAAAGAAGAUCAUUGGCGAUGGUGCUCGAGCACUUAACGCAAUUCCCGUCAUUCGUCCUCAAGACCUUGCUACAAAAGGCACGGGUACACUUUCAUUCAAUAUAGAAACACCUUUUAUGCUUGAAGGAAAAGAAACAGCAUUUAAGGAACAAGUGGCUGUUCGAGACAUCAUUGUUUUAUCAAAAACAGUCUCAUUUGAAGUCAUGGAAGUCAUUUCGGAUACAAAGUUAAAACUCAAAAAGGAAUUGACGCCUGAAGCAAAACAAUUGAUCACAAACUCGGGUGUUUUUAAAAUUAUUCCCCAUGUUGACCAAGGUGUUUUGUAUGAGAAGGUGCACCAAAGACUAAACCAAAAAGAUUGCAUUGUGAUCUUUCCUGAAGGUGGUAGUCAUGAUCGUUCUGAAAUGUUGCCCUUGAAAGCGGGUUAUGCUAUUAUGGCAUUAGGUGCUAUGGCAGAAAACAAAGAUUUAAAUAUCAAAAUUGUUCCUAUUGGUCUCAACUACUUUCAUCCUCAUCGCUUCAGAUCCCGAGCAGUUGUCUCGUACGGUGCACCCAUCUCUAUUAGUCCAGAACUUGUAGAUGACUACAAGAAGGGAGGUGAAGCAAAGCGUAAUGCGAUUGCCAGUUUGUUAGAAGCAGGCUAUGAUGGUCUUAAGAGUGUGACAGUGAAUGCACCUAAUUAUGAUACGUUGAUGAUCAUUGCCACUGCACGCCGAUUAUACAAACCUGCAGCUGAACACAAACUCAGUAUUGAACAAGUGGUUGAACUCAAUCGUCGCUUUUUGCUCGGCUACAAGUACUUUGAGAAAGAUCCUCGAUUAGUCGAGUUAGCACAUCGUAUCAAGGCUUAUAACAACACGUUGAAGUAUUUUGGCUUGCGUGAUCAUCAAGUGCCUAGAACACAAUACACCGCCUAUUCUGCUGCCCCUAUUUUGCUUUCUCGUGUUUUGAAACUCAUCUUUUUGGCUAUUUUUGGUUUCCCUUCACUUUUGAUCAACUCACCUAUCAUUAUCCUUGCACUUGCUAUUAGUCAAAAGAAGCAAGAAGAGGCAUUAGCAGGUUCUUCUGUCAAGAUUGCAGGAAGAGACGUACUGGCUACCUGGAAAAUCUUGGUAGCGCUUGUUGGUAUACCAACACUCUAUGGUUUUUAUUCAGCAUCGCUCUUUUUCUAUCUUUAUUUCCAUGGAUUUGCUCAUCCUUUUAAGCUCUCGCUUUUGGUUUGGGUCAUACUACCAUUCAUUCAAUACGUAUGCGGCUUAUUGUUGGAAAACAGUAUUGAUAUCUACAGAUCCCUUAAACCAUUAUUCAUGUCACUCAGCAACCCUGAUGGCGCAGCAGAACUUCGUAGAAUGCGUGAAACUUUAUCAGACACAAUUACAAAAUUUGUAGAUGAGAAUGGAUCCACUGCUCUCAGUGAUUUUGAUAGACACAAGUUUGAUGAUUUGGAACCUCAUCAAAAGAUUGAAUCUAGAAGUAUUUUGAGUGGUCUCGAGAUUAAGCCUUCUAUCAUGAAGCGUUGGUUUGACGAUCGACAACUAUUUAACUUCAAUAGCAACUCUUCUAACUCUUCUGCUGUUUCUUCAGAUGUAGAAGAAAACUCAGAUAUUGAUAGCUUGACCUAACAAAAAAUUAAACAAAAACAAAAUGCAUUUCAAUAAAGUAUGGCUAUGUAGGCCCUCUAUCUUGAUAUGAA